AUGAAGGACGUACUGGACUCUCUGGCUUCAGAAUGCUUUGCUAUUAAGGCCAUGAACUUUGACUAUGAUAAAGCCGGUGGGCGUAGGAAACUUCAACUUGAUGACAUAGAGGAAAUUCGAAAUGAUGCAUACGAGAGUUCAAUGAUGUAUAAAGCUAAAACUAAGUUGGAACAUGACAAAGGCCUUCUCAGAAAGGAGUUUUUCCCCGGACAAAAGAUUCUUUUGUAUAAUUCACGUCUUCAAUUGUUUCCCAAGAAAUUAAGGUUACGAUGGUCCAGCCCAUACUAUAUCAAUAAUGUUGCUAGUCAUGGUGCCAUUGAGGUACAAGAUCCCAAAAUUGGCAAGUUGUUUAAAGUCCAUGCUCAUUGUCUAAAGCCUUUCCUUGAGUUUGAGACUUGUGAAAUUGAAGACAUUCUCCUCAUCGAUCCGGUAUAUUCGGAUUGA